UUGGCUUUACUUACGCUGUGGUGUAGUUGCAAAGAGCGAGACUAAGCCACAUAACUGAUAACCCAUGUUGUAGAACCUCAAUGGGUUUCAUAUCUCCUCAAUCUCCAUCAUGGCAGUCGACAACGGUCUGACAGAAGAGCAGCGAGCAAAGUUUGAAGCGGACGGCUAUCUUGUCAUCCGCGACUUCUUCACAGCAGAUGAUAUUGUCAAGUUGCGAAAUCGCGCACAACAUUUACUGGAAGAGUUUGAUCUCGAAAGCCAUCCCAAAACUACCUUCUCGACUGGUGAAAAGACGGACCAUGUUGGAGAUGAUUACUUUUUGAACAGCGGCGAUCAAAUCCGCUUCUUUUUUGAGGAGGAUGCCUUUGAUCAAGACGGUCGAUUGAAAGUGGACAAAACCCGUGCUAUCAACAAAAUCGGCCAUGCCCUUCAUGAAAAGGAUCCCGACUAUAAGAAGUUCUCAACGCAGCCAAGAGUGAAGGCCAUUAUCAGAAGCCUUGGAUUUAAAGAUCCGCAGAUCUUGCAAUCAAUGGUCAUCUUUAAACAACCUCGGAUUGGGGGCCGAGUUCCACCACAUCAGGAUUCGACCUUUUUGUACACAGAACCACUAUCUGCUGUGGGAUUAUGGUUUGCAUUGGAAGAUUGUACACCUGACAAUGGGUGUAUGUACUUCGCACCUGGAUCGCACAAGACAGUGCCCAUCUACAAGCGAUUUGUACGGAACCUGAAUGGCAAAGGAACCGGUUUCCGAAAUCUCAUUGAAGAACCAGUAGAAGAACCUCCAGAAACAGACUACGUCUGCGAGCCAACGCCUGCCGGAUCAUUGGUUUUGAUUCACGGUUCGGUUUUGCAUAAGUCAGGUCAUAAUUUGUCGGAUAAAAGUCGGUGGAUUUAUACCUUUCACUGUAUUGAGGGGGCCGCAGAAUAUCCUGCUGAUAAUUGGUUGCAGCCUACGAGCAGCAUGGCAUUCACAAAACUGAAUGAUGUCAUUUAAAAUACAGUUGCUAUAGUGUCAAGAACAGUGCUUUGCAACCUUUCUUGCAAGUACCAUCUACUAUAGCGGUUCACAGAAAUCAUGACAUGACAGGA